CGCCUGCGCCCUCGGCUAUACCGAGUUUCUGCGUACGUUUCCAUCAGUCGGGUCUUCAACUCCGGACCGCGAACAACCAGUGAUCGGGACCGCGUGACUUGGACGCCGUGCUAACACCCUCUCACAGACCCCUUGCAAGAGGAUCAGCGACGCGACGCGCACCGGAAACAAAAGGUUCUCCAGUGAAAGUUUCGAUCUUACACCGGUACUGUCCGUGCUUCCGUUUUCCCAACGAUUUACGCGACGAAACUUCCGUUCCCGAUUGCGGUCCAAAGUUUCGCGAACAAGUUUUCCGCAGAACUUUCACACACGCUUUCGCCGCAACGAGAAUUUUUUAAUGCAUCGUUCGACUGGAAACCUCUGCGGAACGAUCGUUCGGUCGGUCGCGUGGAAAACCUCAUGAGAGAGAAGAUCGUGCACGCGGACGCAAUCAAAGAGACUGGAAAAAAAGUAUCCGCGUCGGAUUGGACGAUCCAUCAUUCGCUACUGGUGUUGGCUGAACCAGAAAGAUAGGCAGCCUGAUCGAGAUAGAGGGAGAAGGAGAGAGAGAGAGAGAGAGAAAGAGAGAGAGAGAGAGAUAGUGCAACACGCAAACAGGAGGAAACCAUCCUCCCCUGGCUCGGAGAUUGCGUAAUUAAUCGCGAGACUUAAUCGAGUACCGAAUUAAUUGGGACAGAUUUACGAUCGAGGUCUGUGACAGUGGACCGCGAUACCGUCGACGAUCAUGAAGUAUCACCAGUGCGUGCAGAUGACCGCGCGGCGGUCGCAAAUGAAAAAGACCGCACGGGAGCGUGGUUCGAUCCGACAACGUUAAAGGGACACGGAUCGUACAUCACCGUACCGUCCCGGAACACCGGUUCCACCCAAUUCCCAAAAAGGAAACGAUCGAGCAAAACGAGUUUUUCACGCUCGACCUGCUCGACCAGCCGGCCGUACGUUUCGCCUCUGCCUUGCCUGUCCACCUUUUCACGCUGCUAAUUAAUUUUCAUCCUUUAGCGCACUCAUGGUAACCUCGCGGCGUUCGACGACAACGGCCAAUGACUGGCAGCGUUUUGAAAAAUAAAAUCACGAGAUCAUCGCGAGUCUCGUGGUUCGUGGUAACGAGCUGAAGAUACUCAUCGUGGAUUCGCGAGGCCAAAUAAUUUGGACAGAGUCAAGACCCUCGAGUCCCCAACGUGCUUCAACGUAAUUAGCGAACAGUCGCCGCCAAGUGUUUCCGCGGGAACAGUUCAAUUUCCUCGCAACAUUCUCGCCCUAGGCCGAGAUUCUGACCAAAAGCUGGGAUCUGGUCGUCGAAUCAGGCACUGUGCAAAUUGUAGCCUCCGAAAGGGCGGUUACCUGAUUCCAUCAAGCUCUUUAUAACCUCUCGAGGACCAAGAAGAACUGAGCCGAUCGAUGGGGACGAGCUUCGAAAGGUAAUUCGGUGUGACGAUUAUAGGAAGGAAAAUUGGUGGUUGAAUGUCUGUGAAAGGAAGAAAUUGGCUACGAUUUUCGAGAUCUUUAUAUAAAGAUUCGAGAUGCCGAUGGAACGAGGUGGCCAGUUAGAUAGAGAAAAUUCGAUAAACGCGCAUCAUCGUUGAACCACGGGUUGAAACUUUUCUUUAAAAAGUGCAUUCCUAUCGGGGCCGCGCCACUGCGGGGAAAUUAAAAGCAGUCGACGCGUAUCCUGUGGCGAGCGGACGUAAAGAUAAGAAGAGGACAGUGCGCUGGUGGUUGUAUAAAAAAAAAAAAGACAAUGCUAAAACGCCGCCAGAAAUGCGAGCAGAGAAAGAAGCAGAAUAAACGAUUCGUGGAACUUUUUUAACUGAAGUAUCGAGUACCGAGAACAAAGUUAAAUAACGGUGAUAUAAAAAGUUUAUCAGCAACGACCGCGUAGUUGAACCAACAAAAGACUCGCUAAAAAAAGUUUGUUAACCGAACGAUAACCCACAGGAAUCUACAAAGAUGCACGAACGCGAAUGUCCAGAGGACAAACAGAAAUUUAAGAAGAAAAAGACCUUAUGAUCAGCAACUGUCAAGAACGCUAUAGUAAAAGCUUAGUGCGACGAUAAUAGAACGGAACUCGGACGACGUUCUCGGAUCUGUAACUGGACGAUUGUAAAUCUCGUGUUCGCUGAGAGUUACGUUCUACUGCCAACGAGUUCCGUGAGAAUGAAUCGUGACGAGUAAGAAGGGUGAGAAAACGGUAACGUCCGAGUGAAAAGGGGCCGAACACGACAAACGGAAAAUUGUAGAAUCGUUGUUAGGAGGGAUAUCCUGCGGGUGAGCCGGUCAGCCGACGGUGAUGGCAUGAGGACAUUAGUAAGGAAGAGCUGCGGGUCCAGCGAGGAGGAGGAUGAGGAUGGUGGUGGGCGUGAUGGUCCUUGGUCAGCUACUGACGAGGAUUUUGCUCGCUGCCCACGCAGGAGAUCGACUCGCGGCAGCUCGCAGAAUUCUCAGAGACGUGCCAUUGAUAGACGGGCACAACGAUCUACCAUGGAACAUACGCAAGUUCCUGAAGAAUCAGUUGAGGGAAUUCAGGUUUGAUGACCUGAGGGAUACCCACCCUUGGUCGCGGAGCGCCUGGAGCCACACGGAUCUCAGAAGAUUGAAGGAGGGUAUGGUUGCAGCGCAGUUUUGGUCAGCUUACGUGCCAUGUUCCUCUCAGCACCUCGACUCGGUCCAACUGGCACUCGAGCAGAUCGACCUGAUUCGUCGGCUGGUCAACAAGCAUCCUGAAAGCAUGGUCCUCGUUACCACGGCGGAAGGUAUAGAGAGAGCGCACAAGGAGGGUAGAUUAGCAAGCCUGAUAGGGGUCGAAGGGGGUCACGCGGUUGGAGCGAGCCUGGCAGUUCUCAGGAUGUUGUACGAGUUGGGCGCCAGAUACCUCACACUCACUCAUACUUGUAACACGCCUUGGGCAGAAUGCAGCACAGCGGAUGAACCCGGUCAAGUGGCACGCAUCGGUGGCCUCUCCAAUUUUGGCAAGAGUAUCGUCCUCGAGAUGAAUCGACUCGGAAUGAUGGUGGAUCUGUCGCACGUUUCCGUGCCCACGAUGCUGGUCGCCAUGAAGACGUCGAAGGCGCCGGUUAUUUUCAGCCAUAGCAGCGCUCACGCCCUUUGCAAUUCCUCGCGAAAUGUGCCUGACCAUGCGCUGAAACGUUUGGCGCAGACUGAUGGUAUAGUUAUGGUAUCUUUCUAUCCCCAUUUUAUCAGCUGUGGCGAGAAAUCGACUCUAGAAGACGUAGCCGAUUUCUUUUUGUUCGUUCCACCGCCUGUGAUUCGCCGAGGACAUGGACAAAGGCAUCGACGAGGAUCGGACGAUAAAAGGAAUUCGUGACUUCGAUGAGUUUCGAUAGAAUUUGAGGAAAUGAGGAAUGACGUUAACGAACAGGGGAACGGAAUCGUCCAAUCAAAUUGCAACAAUUUAAAUAAAGAUUAUUGCGAGCUGUCGUGAAUUUUAAAAGUGAAACUCAAAGUACAGAUUCAUGGAAUAAUCGUGUAGAAAUGUUAAUACUUGAUUCUUUAAAACAGUCAUAAAAAUAAAUGUAUAGACACAAAAUGAUGCUCUGGUUAUUUUAAACAGUAUAUUAAUGUAACAUUACCCUAAAACUUAGUCCCUUUUCUUUUACAAUUGUUAACAACUGGACUACAGACGUGCGCAAUUACGGAAAAUUAUAAUACGUAAAAAUGUAAAUAUGCGCAUAGUAUGCAAAAACAUACAAAAUAUUCAGAAUGAAGCACUCGUUAAAUUAUUUAGACUGUGAAACAAAUCCUUGUUUAGCUUCCAUUUCUCUAGUUGUAUUCAUAAAAAAAAAUGAAUUUACAGGUGCAUAUACUAAGAAAACGUGGGUAUUCUUGGUGAAAUUAACGUCGACUUUUGCUGAUGAAAAAUUAUUACGCGCCUGUACUUAUUCCAUUUUCCUACUUUCGUUUCUAAUUAAAGUUAGAUAAAACAAAUGCUACGGAAAAGAGAUAAAUGGCACGAAAAUUCAAUUCGUUUACGUUCUAAAGAACGCAAAUUCCUUUUUCCUAGAUAGCGUCAUAUAGUUAUUUUCCAAAUAAUUUUUCCAAAUGAAUAUUCCGAACGAGUACCAGAACGCUGAAAAUAAUUAGCCUGAAUGAUACAUAAAUUUUACCAAGUUCGGUGCACGAUAAUUUCGUUACACUUAUACUUUCCCGUCUCCAUGUAGCUUUUAUUUCGUCAACGAUCUACCCUGUCGCGUGAAAAUUCAUACGUGUUCAAAUAACAGAUUCACGGAAGCGAAUCGAUAACGAUAUCUAUAAGGGUCAUACAGUCGAACAACGAUUCAUUUCCGUACGAUGUAUCGGUUCACGUAGAAACAGCGAGAAAAUUAUGCUUCGAAACGGGAAGCACCGCGUUGAACAGACUCGCAGCAAUAAUUUGGCUAGUUGGCGCGGUUGCACGCCGGAUCGUGCUGGCCCAUUGACAACAUUACUCUCAUGAUUGAUUUCUCGUUGCGCGCUGCUCGCAGCACGCUACACUACAGCGCAACAAUUACGGCCACUUAAUAAUAACACGCCGGUGAUCGCCCACGCGUUCCUCGAAUAAUGCGUUGCCCGUCAAGUACACCCCGAAGCUACGUUUAACUCCAAGUGUAACUGACGUUUGCACUUAGAACGCGAGCAAGACAGCUCGCGCCGAUGUUUGCUCGACCAAUCUUCUCAGGAUUACGAAUGGAUUCGGAGAAUGUGAGCAUCGAGGUUAAGUUCGCCGAAAAUAGAAAUACGAGAAGCUAUUUUGGGGUACAAUACGCGUUGGUUUACUAUCAGAGGCAUAUAACGAUUGAUAAUAUUUUAGUUUAUGGUCGUAACAUAUGUUGCCCCACAUCGAUGCAGGAGAAACCCUAGGGCAACGAAGAUUCGCGGUAUUAGGCUGAAGAGAAGAAAUCAAAUCUUAUUGUUCAUCCUUCCUUGUAUAAUUAAAUCGAAUAUUUCUUGCAAUAUCAAGCCACGAUGCAGUAUCACUCUGUUUAUACAAGCGAAAUUUUAAUUAAUGCCCGAUUAAAUGCAUUGCUAUCGGUUCGAUUCGCUCAAUUAAACGUAAGCUUCUGUUACAUGUACAAACGAAACCUCGUAGAUAGUGGAGAGGAUCAGUGGAUUUCUAUUAUACGAACUGCAAUUAUUAAUAAAUUAUAUUUUAUUAAUCCUUAUCGAUAUAGGUUUCUCGACAAAUCCGUAUAAACAAAAUCGUGCUUCAUUCGAGGCGUAAAUCGGUCGUAUCGAUUAAAUUUCUAAUUAGCGUUAACCGGUUUUAGGGAAAACGACCGUGCUCUUCCAAGAGAAUAUCUUGUAAAACGAAUAAACGCAGAAAAUGAAAUAACGCAGAUUGCAGUUUUCCUCCUUGGAUAUCUCAAUUAAAUCAAACGUAUUAUACGUAUGAACGAAACUAUAUAGUAUUGGUUCAAUAAUAUUACUCGUUAUUUUCAU